CGCCUCGGCUCUGGUUCCAGCCAAGCCUCACCGACGCCGAGAUGGAAAUCCCGAGGCUGCUCCCGGCUCGCGGGACACCGCAGGGCGCCGGUGGCGGUGGCGGCGGCGGCUGCCCGGCGGGUGGCGGCGGGGUGCACCGAGCCCCGGCCUCUCUGGCUUGUCAGGCCCCCACGCGCCGCCUCCUACUGCUCCGGGGGGCCCAAGAUGGCGGGCCGGGGCCGCGGAGCGCAGAGGCCCAGAGGGCCUCCCGGGGCCUGGGCCCGAGCCUGAACCGGUUGGCGCCCAGGCCCGAUCACCGGAUCAGCAGCGGCGGCAGAGGCGGCGGCGCUGGCGGAGGAGGAGGAGGCAGNGGCGGUGGCGGCGGAGGCGGCGGCGGCGGCGGCGGCGGCAGCGGCGGCAGAGGCGGUAGCGACGACUUCUUCCUGUUGCUGCUUGACCCGGUGGGUGGCGAUGUAGAAACCGUGGGCACGGAGCAGGCCGGAGCGCCCGUGCGGAGGGAGGAGGCCGGGGCAGGCCCGAGGCCCGAGCGGCGCCAGAGCGCCGGGCCCCCAGCGGGCCGUCCCGAGCCGGGUCCCCGCUGUCUGUCUGCGGUCCCGGCCGCGUCCCCGCUUCCCGCGGCCGGCCCGGGCCCAGCGGCGGCGGCGGUGGCGGCGGCAGCGGCGGCCUUCGCGGGCACCAUCACCAUCCACAACCAGGACUUGCUGCUGCGCUUCGAGAACGGCGUCCUCACCCUGACCACGCCCCCGCUGCCCGCCUGGGAGCCGGGGGUCGCGCCGUUCCCGCAGCCGCAGCCGCCGCCGCAGCCGGGGGCGCUGAUCGCCCCGCAGGCCGCCGCCGCCGGGUUUCCGCCCGCCGCCGCCGCCGCCGCCGCCGCCGCCGCCGGGGCGCAGCUGGGCGACUGCCCCGAGCUGCCGCCGGACCUCCUGCUGGCGGAGCCGGCGGAACCCGCGGCCGGCCCGGCGCCCCCGGAGGAGGAGGCCGAGGCCCCGGCCGCCGCCGCCGCCGCCCAGAGCCCCCGCGGGCCCGCGGGCCCGGGCCCGGGCGUGGUGCUGUACCUGUGCCCGGAGGCGCAGUGCGGCCAGACCUUCGCCAAGAAGCACCAGCUGAAGGUGCACCUGCUGACGCACAGCAGCAGCCAGGGCCAGCGGCCCUUCAAGUGCCCGCUCAGCGGCUGCGGCUGGACCUUCACCACCUCCUACAAGCUCAAGCGGCACCUGCAGUCGCACGACAAGCUGCGGCCAUUCGGCUGCCCGGUGCAGGGCUGCGGCAAGAGCUUCACCACCGUCUACAACCUCAAGGCGCACAUGAAGGGGCACGAGCAGGAGAACUCCUUCAAAUGCGAGGUGUGCGAGGAGAGCUUCCCCACGCAGGCCAAGCUCAGCACCCACCAGCGCAGCCACUUCGAGCCCGAGAGGCCCUACCAGUGCGCGUUUUCGGGCUGCAAGAAGACCUUCAUCACGGUGAGCGCCCUGUUCUCGCACAACCGCGCCCAUUUCAGGGAACAGGAACUCUUCGCCUGCUCCUUCCCGGGCUGCAGCAAGCAGUACGACAAGGCCUGCAGGCUCAAGAUCCACCUGCGCAGCCACACCGGGGAGAGACCCUUCCUGUGUGACUUCGACGGCUGCGGCUGGAACUUCACCAGCAUGUCCAAGCUCUUAAGGCACAAGCGGAAGCACGAGGACGACCGCAGGUUCACCUGUCCCGUCGAGGGCUGCGGCAAGUCCUUCACCAGGGCCGAGCACCUGAAAGGCCACAGCAUAACCCACCUGGGCACCAAGCCCUUCGUGUGCCCCGUGGAGGGCUGCUGUGCCCGCUUCUCGGCUCGCAGCAGCCUCUACAUCCACUCCAAGAAGCACCUGCAGGACGUGGGUGCGUGGAAGAGCCGCUGCCCGGUCCCCACCUGUAACAAGCUCUUCACGUCCAAGCACAGCAUGAAGACCCACAUGACCAAAAGGCACAACCUCAGCCAGGACCUCCUGGCCCAGCUAGAAGCUGCCAACUCUCUCACGCCCAGCAGUGAGCUCACCAGCCAGGGGCAGAGCGAUCUCAGUGGGGCCGAGCUCGUGUCUCUGUUCUCGGAUGUGCCUGGCCACGGCUCCGCCGCGGUGCUGGACACGGCCUUGGUCAACUCUGGCAUCUUGACUAUUGAUGUGGCCUCUGUGAACUCGAGCCUCGCGGGAAGUCUCCCUGCGGACAAUAACAGCAGCAACCAUUCCUUGGGGCAAGCGGCCGAGCCUCGGGCCUUGAGGGGGGCCCCCAGUGACCUCCCCCAGAGUCUGGAUACCUCUCUCUUCUUCGGAACCUCGGUGGCUGGCUACCAGCACAGCCCCUUGGACAUGGACGAUGUCUCCGCCGGGAACGUGGGGCUCUUUGGCUCCUUGGCCCUGAAAAACUCAAGCCUGGAGCCGCAGGCUUUGACACCCAGCAAUAAGUUGACUGUGGACACGGAAGCUCUGACCCCCUCCAGCACCCUCUGUGAAAACAGUGUCUCCGAGCUACUGACCCCAGCCAAAGCCGAGUGGAACGUGCACCCCGAAUCUGACUUCUUUGGACACGAGGAAGAAACCCAGUUCGGAUUCUCCCACCCAACAGGAAGCCAUGGGUCUCAGAAAGACACAGAUCUUAUCACGGUGACCGGCACCCCGUUUUUGGUAUGAACCGACUCUGCCUGUACCCUGCCUGCCCUGUGGCUCACUUUUUUUGGUUGUUGUUGUUGUUGUUGUUGUUGUUUUAUCACACUCAAAUGUGAGAAUGUUCUGGAAGGAGUGCUUGCUUGCCUGCAGUUGUUUCUUGCCGCCUUGCAAAGGAACGCAUCUGUGGAUUACCAAUUUAGGGAUUUCAGUUCUCAUCUUGAGUCUGGGACUGAUAAGUUCUCUGACUGUGAGCAAGUCUCUUAACCGAGCUGAGCCUUAAUUCAUUAUUUAUAAAAGUAGCCUUUUUUUGUCUAGCUUAUUUCUGUUUCCUUCUAACUGCAUUUCAAUUUUUUUGUACACCUUUGGUGUAAUUUUUUAGAGUAUUUCAUAGUGGUUACAUAUGAAUCUCAUGUAAUGAAAAGGAUUGUGAUCCCUUUGAACAUUAAAUGAUCAGAGAUAGAGGAACUCGUGUUUUAACUUUUAACAUUUAUCUUACCUCCUUUUCACAAUAUCCAUUGUAUCAGUAGAGUGCAAAAAUGUUGAAUUUUAUGUGGUUGUUUGAUGUUUUCUCAGUCUUCUUAUGUUGUCUUUCUGUAGAAGUUUUUUUUUUAAGAAAAAUAUCAGGGAUUUGAUAUAUUACAAGCAUAUUCUAAAAUAUUGCCUCGUUACCAUUGAACAAGUGGCCUUAUACUAGUCAUUUAGUCCUGCCAAGCCUUACUCUGCUAGCUUUACAGUGCUGAUAGAAAUGCACAUUAUUCUCAUGCAUAUUGGAUCUAUUGAUGCUUGAGAUUGUUACUGAAGGGAAAAUAUAUGCUUGGGCUUUUCUGAAUCUUCUUUAGUUGUUUGUUUGUUUCUUUCUUUCUUUCUUUCUUUUUUGCCUCCUUGUGUCCCCUCUUCAAGUCCUAGAGUACACAAGAUAGGAAACACAUAUAUCAUAGUUUUCAGCCAAUAAUAGUUUAUAAGUAUUAUGCAUAGAUGGGAAUUUAUUCCUUCCACAAUUUCUUGAGGAAUUUUUCUUUACAGAGUUCUCAUUUAACACUGUUCACUGUUUUAUUCGUCCACUUAACUGGUGUCUGCUCUGGAUCAAAGCCAGCUCUUGGCCUGACUCUACUAUUCUGAUAGAAUUUGGAAAUGGACCAGAAGGUAAUAUUCAUUUCUUUUUCCUGGUGACCUCAUUUGUAGCCCUCUCUGGAAUGAGAGGUUUGCUAUGUAUUUUGAAAUAGAAAUAUUGUCAAUCUUAGCAUGAGUGUAGCAUUUUAUGAUUUAUAUAGAAAAUUCAUAUCUAAUAUAUUUGAUCAUCAUAAUCUUGAUGAGAAAUUGUAAACUCAAACUGAUACUAAAACUUUCCUGAUGUAAAUUGAUUUCAUUUGGUAAAUAUUAAUUAUUUCUAUAUGUGUAGUUCACAUCAAAGAGGAAAUAUUUCUACCUCUCCCAUUCUGCUCUUCUGAAUUCCAUAAUCACUUUGUUAAUGAGCAAUCCUUUUGUUGUGCCUAUGGAUAUCCUUGUUCCCUUCUGCUUUUUCUGCCCCCAUUCCUGUAGUUCCUUAUAUAUGCACACCAGUCUGUGCUAUGCCUCUACUUUUUUCUCUAAUUUUUCACUUCUUUUUGGUCACUCUUUUCUCUCACAUGAUCUAUUUUUUUAGUCACAAUAAUUAUUACAGUCUGUAUGCACCACGAUGGUAUUUUCUGGAUUCAGCUUACAAGUGUGUUUACAGGAGGCAGAUGUUAAUGGAAACACUUUAUCCUAUAAGAUCUGAUGACAAGUACCUCUUUAAAUUUGUUUGCCAUGUUUUCUACUAGAAAAGAGUUAUUUUGAAAUACUCAAAUUCAAUACUGUUUUUUUGUGAGGACACUUGAAGAAAACACUUUUUUAUAGUACUUUGGCAAUAUAUAAUUUGCCACUUUGAAGUACAUUACAUACUACUACCUUUAUAAUUUUUAUAUUGUUUCAACCCAUUUAGUAAAAAGGUAAUAAAAGUACACAUUAACUUUUAAUUUAAAGUAGUGUUCAGAAUUUUAGUAUGUCCAAGCUUCAAGAUUAUUAUUGACUUAGCACUUUGAAAAGAUUUUAAAGACUAUGUUAGAAAUGCAUUUUCAUGAGUUAAACAUUUCUCAUUUUAUUCUUCAAGGAAUGCAAAGACCUGAGGUAAACACAGACUUUAUAAGCAUUAUUAAGAUAAUAGAUCCAUAAAGGUAUUUUAAACUGUCACUUAUGUUGUUGUCUUUCUGAUUUCUCUCCAUACCAUUGCCCUAGCAUGAAUGACUGUAAUGUAAUUACAGUGACUACACGUGACAACACAUAUAAUGGCCAUACUUCUGGUGAUAUAAAUUUGACAUUUUUUAAAUGAUGUCUUGAUUUCAUUUUAUCUCCUUUGCCUUUUGUGUUUCUGUAGUCUUUCUUGAUUUAUUAAGAUUUUCUAAUUGUAUUAAUAACAAAAUGCAUUAUAUGAAGAUUGUUUUCAAAGGGCCUUGUUUAGCCUUUUGAUCAUGUAAAAUAUGUUAAUCUUGCUAUAACUUGAUAUUUCAGUUACUUAAUAUUGUACUGUUAAAUAACUGAAAGUCUUGAGUAUUAUAAAUAAAACUUGAUGGAUUUUUAUGUCAUCUGUCAGGAAAUUUUCCAUCCUGGAAAAAAGGAUUAUAGUGUAACAGGAUAUUUAGAAUAUUAGCUCUCUGGAGUUAUUCAUAAUCCAUUAGUAUUAAACCUAUUUAAUAAUGCAAAAAAUAACUUAUGGACCUUACCCAAAAUAUGUCAUAAUUGAAAUGUAAGACUGGACUAAAUUGUAUGUGUAUAUUGCUUUUGAAAAAUACAGGUUCUUUUCCUUUACUUUUUUUAAGGGAGAAAGGGUUUAUUUAUUCUCAUAGUUCUGUAGCACUUUCUAUAAUACUGGAGAGAUUACAGCAGCAGGAACUUCAGGGAUGUGAGCACAUUAGAUACGUAGUCAAGAAUAGAGAGAAUAACAAAUGGAUGUGUGCUCAUCUUAAGCUUUCACUCUCCACCCCAGCCACAACUAUGAUGGGACUCCUACAACAAUUAACAGCAUCAAAAUAAUCCCCUACAGGGCCUAGAGGUCAUCGUUCUGGUGAUGUUAGAUUUUGUUCAGUUGAGAAUGAAUACUAAUCAUUACAGUAUGCAUUCUACAAAGUUCAGGGAUGAAAGAUCUCUUAUAACUGUGCUGCUUUAUGAUGUACAAAGUUCUCAUAAAUAGUUCCUGUUAUCAUCUUCAUUUUACAUUUGAGAAAUAUGAAAUGCUAGGAAGUUUGUGUGAUUUUCCUAAAAUCAUAAUUUUACAAGUGGUUGGGUUUGGUGUAGUUGAAAAAUUCGUCCAGAAUCCUGAUGAUACUUUAAGCAUACUACACAAUUAUAAUGUGAUGAGAGGCAGAGACCUAGACAUGUCAGUCUCAAAUCUGAAUUUGUGUACUACAAUAGACUAUUUCCUUGAUUCUUAAUCACCCCUGGAAUUGUUCUAGAAAUACUUGCAACAAUGGCUAUAAGAAGAGUAUUUCAAAACCUUCCAGAUCUGUUCAGUGAUCCAGAAAGAUGUUUUAAGAAUACAUAUCCCCCAGCCGGGCGUGAUGGCACACGCCUUUAAUCCCAGCACUUGGGAGGCAGAGGCAGGAGGAUUUCUGA